CGCAAAUAAAUAGCUGGGAGGAUCAUUACCUCGAGCAGUCUAACUCUCCAACUUCGAAGUGACAACAUGUGGACCCAAGCCAGCUCCCUUCUCCUGCUGCUUUUUGCUUGCUGCUUCUGUGCAACCAACGCUCAAGACCGGAGGCAAAACAUCUGGAAUGAUCCGAUAACAUUCAACACAAAAACAAAGGACAAAUGUACUAUGGUAAUUACUGGGCAAGGGGAGUACACCAAGCUCAAGUUGUCCUGCCAGGGUCCAAAAAGAUCCUAUUGGUGCGAGUAUGUCGGUAAACCGUACUUGUGUGGCUCUUUCAACAAAAACCCUCGCCACUACUUCGUCCAGAUGAUGUGGGGUUUGCGAAAGCUCAAUAACGCCUGCCAAGCUCCGAGGGUCAUCAAGCCCCACAUGUGCCGAAAAGCGACCGACGAAUCGCAGAUGGUGUUCUCCUCGGCUUCGUUUCCACGGCAACCGGAAAGACAAAAGGAAGCGAGUCAAGCAAGGGUGCAGCAAAGGCCCGUUCCGACCAGACCGGCGUGGCGCAGGUAUCCGGAGAGCGGGCCCAUAAGGGAGAUGCAGAGGAGCGGGCACAAGGAACCAGCUCCCACGUCCGAGUCGCACAAGAAGAGGAUGGCAAGGCUCUACUGUUGGAAGUCAAUGCAAGGAGUCUGUGCCUAUGUCAUCGGGCUGUUUAGGGAGUAGGAGACAGCUCCAAAGUCAUUGACCAUGCUGGGAGGACUACAGCGCUCUCUUCAGGGGGGUUGAAGCAUGACUGGGACUGUUCCAAACUAAAUGGUCUGACUCCCUGUUCUUCUAACCAGCCAAGCACGCACCGUAUACAACCACCAUCCACUAGCUAUCCACACAAAGCAAAGCACACCCGCAGAAGACCUUCUCACUGCAUCGUCACAGCUAUUCUGACCAACGAGGCGAACAGCCAGCCGUCGACACGUAUCUUGUACCAUAUUUGUUUACUUGUAUAUAACUUGUGUAAUCGUUGUGGACACUAUGAAUAAAUGAAAUGUCUUGAAUGAUAUGUUUACAAGGGGUAUUAA